AUGUACUGGCCGGUUGGCACACCUCGAGUAUAUGCGACAAGCAGCUCCCAGCCUGCCAACGGCAACAUCACUGUCUCCCAUGAUGGCCUCUCUCUGCCGACACCUGAUGAGAGGGAUCCCGAGAAAUCCGACCAAGCCUCCCUCCUGACCGCCGACUCUGCCUCCAGCUAUGACUUUCCCAACCCGUCGACACCCAUCACCCCCAUCACACCAGGUAUCCAGCCUGUUGAGCGCGAGAUCCUCGACACCGGCUCCGAGGCGUCGUCCGGCAGCAAUGGCAAUGGCAAUGGCAACGGCACUGAACGUCCGGUCAUCCCGCUCCAUGAGCCCAUUCUGGCAUUACGGGUCUCGCGCCUCGGUCAGAUCUUUGCCGUCAUCACUGCGACGUCCAUGACCAUAUGGCAAGCCAAGCCUACGGUUAUUCUUGCAGUCGUUGUGCGAUCAGAACCCUCUCUCAGGUCCUACGGUACCAAUGUCGACCUCCUGCUCCGGCCCGACUCUGCCAUCUUUGUGGUCCACACCAGCUCGGGCUACCUCAUCACCUAUUCGCUAGCCACAGACUCCGAGUCGCGCGUGUACAAACCUUAUUUUACGAGCCAUACCAAUGUGCAGCGGCGACGGCAGAGCCACUGGGGCGGGCCUGGGCAUGCUGCACCGGAUCAGAUCAUGUGGGGUCCCGGAGAGGGCCGUGGCGUCAGCGACAUAAGCGUGCGGUUUCGGAUGGUCAUCAAGGUGGACGCUGGGAUAGCAAGUGCGCUCGCGCUCGACGACGAGGUGGUCGUGGCCACACGCAAGCCGGCUGCUGUGCAGUGUAUACGAUGGACUCCGGAUAGCUCGGGCAGCCAGACGAGCACCGAGCUUCUCAGCAAGAUGACAUGGCUGGGGAAGAAGGUGACUGUCACCGAGAUGACAAACGACAGGUCGAUGAACCUGUCGACAUGGGUCACGGGUGAUGGCAGGGCCUAUGCCGUCCAGCGCACGCCGAAAGGCCAGCCAAAUCCGGAAACCGGCGAGACAGACCCCAAGAGGCUGUUUAAGGGGUACUGUUUCCACGUGCCUCAGGGCACUCAUGACCGCGCAACACACGCAGUGAUCAAUGCUCGGUUCUCCCUCAUAGCACUUGGGUGUGUCGACGGCGUUGUCCGGGUCUACACAGUUCGAGAUUACUCGGGCAACGUGCCGUCAUCUCACGUCCAGAGACUACCAGUCUCUGAAUCUCACUCUGGGAGCCUGACAUCCUUGAGCUAUUCCCCGGAUGGGUAUUGCCUAUUUGUCGGCUAUGAAAAGGGCUGGGCAACUUGGAGCGUCUACGGCAAGCCAUUAAGCAACAGCUUUGGGGUCGAUCAGAAUCUUGUGAAUAAAAAUGGGGAAUACUGGGUCUCGGGCGUAAGAGAUGCCUCGUGGCUAGGAGGAGGCUCGGAGAUUCUCCUUGUUGGCCAACAGCACGAGUCGUUAUGGCUGCUUGAGAUGGCGAGAAGCGCCGUCACUGGAUGUUACAGCUCUUCAAACGUAUUUCGCACGGUUUUACAGACCACAUCCAGCGUUAUGAUCUACCGCGGUUACGACCUGCCCGACAUGAGCACAAUAUCAGCAGAGCCUUUCCUCUGGCACACAACAAGGAUACCAGCCACCUAUCUCCUGAACCAGUGGCCUAUCAAAUCCACAGUCAUAUCCUCUGAUGGGCGAUAUGUGGCUGUUGCAGGUCGCCGAGGUCUCACACACUACAGCGUCAACAGUGGCCGCUGGAAGACCUUCACAAAUGCGGAACUGGAAAACGAGUUCUCGGUGAGAGGUGGCAUGUGCUGGUACCAAAAUAUUCUGGUCGCUGCUGUCGAGGUUAACAAGACCUACGAGCUCCGGCUUUAUUCGCGCGAGAAGGAGCUGGAAAGCAUCGUCUACGUUCAUACCAUGCCCGCCCCCAUUGUCCUCCUCACGCCAUCCGGGGAGGACUCGCUUCUAGUCUACACUUACGACAAUCUGCUUUACCACUUUGUUUUCAAUCCAUUGGGCAACACAGUACGACUUGUUCAGGUCGGCCAGAUUGCCUUUCACGGCAUUGUUAGAUCGCCUGCUAGAGUUAGGGGCCUGAGUUGGAUAUUACCAGAGAGCCAGUUGGUUGAGGGCGAUCCAUCGCAAGAUGUUCGCGUCGCCUCUGUCUUAUUUUUGGUCGAUGGGAAAUUGGUCCUACUGCGGCCCGUGUUGGGCGAAGAAGGGCAGCUGAAGUAUGACAUGAGGGUCAUCGCCCAGAAUGUCGAGUACUACGUCUCCAUGAAAGACCAGCCGUUCCUCAGCGAGAUCGGGCCACCAGCAGGUAACACGCCAGCAGAGGCCGAGAAUGAGGAUCUCUUCAACUCACUAUGGAUGUUCGACGGCACGGACAUCAAAGCUUGGACGGAUAUGCAGAAGGUUCUGAAUGGGCUGGGCGAAAGUCACGGAGAGCUUCCCGCUCCGGUCUCCAUCUCCGUCGACUUCUACCCAUUGUCUGUCCUGCUCGAAAAGGCCAUUGUACUCGGUGUCGAGCCCGACCUUGUCCAAAGAAGGGAUGUCAACUUUUCCUUCUUCCGCUUCUCCAUACGGACAACUCUAUUCCUUCCUGAGAUACUUCGGCAUCACCUAAUCGCCAACAAGUCCCUGGCAGCACUUCACCUUGCUCAGCAGUUCCAGCACCUCGAAUACUUUGCACACGCUCUUGAGGUCCUCCUCCACCAUGUCCUGGAUGAAGAGGUUGACAUGUCACCACCACCCUCCCCGGAGAGCGCCAUUCUGCCGCGUGUGCUCAGUCUUCUCUCCUCCUUUAAAGAGUAUCUGGAUAUAGUGGUCCAAUGCACCCGCAAGACAGAAGUCCGCUCGUGGCGCACCCUCUUCGACUACCUACCACCGCCGCAGGAGCUUUUCGAGGAGUCCCUACAGCGCGGCUCACUCAAGACAGCAGGCGGCUAUCUCCUCAUCCUGCAUACCUUUGACGAACUUGCCACCGCCUCUGAGCAGAGCGUUCGCCUGCUGACACGCGCCAUGCGCGAGGAAGACUGGGAGUUGUGCAAAGAGCUCGCGCGUUUCCUAGCUGCCCUCGACGAGACAGGAGACACCCUCCGCGAGGCGCUCAGGAUGGCGAAUACAAAGGCCAAGGGUGUCAACGGGGCCGGAUCUGGGUCUGGGUCCGGUUCGGCAUCGACAUCAAUAUCGGGCGAGUCGAGCAAGGCGGAAAGUCCUGGUGGUGGAAACCGCAAUGACAUCACAGGAGAUGGGUCGUCGGAUGCCAGCGUCAGUGGCCAGAGCGCGACCGUGUCUGAUGAUGGGACGGAGAGAUGA